AUGCGCCCUGCUCCUUCCGCGCGCCGGCCCUCCCCGUUGAGUCCGCCGUCGUCCCCCAUGCGGCGGCGCUCCGCGCCGUCCAGUCCGCCGUCGUCGCCCAUCAAGCGCCUCAAAACGUCGCUCGCCCCUCGUGCGCCCCGUUGCCCCCCUCCACCGCAUGUUACCGUGAUGUUCCACCCGCAACCCCGCGCUGCGACGGCAGCGGCGGCGGCGGUGGCGGCUGCGGCAGCGCCAGGCGUGGGCACGGGCGGGCUGGUGGCGGCGGUGGAACCGCCCCCGGACUUCUCCUGCUGGACCGUCGCGGACGACCGCACGCUCUGGCGCGCCAUGGAGGUGCGCGCGCGCGUGGGGGGGGAAGGGCGGAAGGUGAUGGGUGGUUCGGGAAAGGGGGGGCGGGGGGAGAAGGGAAAGAGUGCAGAGAGGCUAGAAGCUGGAAGGGAGGGAGGGGAGCACUGGGGUAUGAAGGACGGGGUGGCGCAGGGAGGGAGCCCAAAUAGAGCCAUCCAACGAGAGCCAUUCAAGGAGAGAAGAUCCAGUCGUUGGGGAGGGGACGGGACACACUCCGCCGCCCAACCCCUAGUCGCGGGCAUAGCCAUGGAGGCGCUGGCGCGCGGGGCGCUGCGGUUCUCACGGCGCUUCUCCCUGAAGGAGCUGCGCGCGCGCUGGCGCGCCGUGCUGUACCACCCCCUGGAGAGCCCCCUGGCGGCCGCGCGCAUCGCCCAGGCGGAGAUGGCAGACGCCGCCAGGGCCAUGGGGAGGGGCGCGGGGGAGGGCGACGGAUGGGAAGGCGGGGGAAGAGUGGGAGCGGGGGGGGAGAGUGGGGAAGGGGAGGAAAGGGGAGAGGGAAGGUCGAUUGGAGGUGAGGCUGUGUUUCCUGGUGCUACUGCUGGUGCUGGUGGCGCUGCUGGUGCUGGGGGGUUGGAUGAUCGUUCUGGGGGUGGUGCUGGGGGUGGUGCUGGUGGUGCUGGUGGUGCCGGUGGUGCUGGUGGUGCUGGUACCCCUGCUUCCCGCUCCCUACACUCGCAAGGCGGCAAUGCAGCAGGCCUGAUUGCGAAUAGCCGCCAUGUGCCUGCUGCUGGCGGUGGUAAUGGAAGCAGGGCGGAAGGAGCAGCGCGAGAGGGCAGGGGGACGGGCGAGGGGCGCCGGGGUGUUUUGAGGAGGCCAAGAGUGGUGCGUGCUGCUUAUUACAGAAUGAGGAAGCGGCGAGAGAGAGAUGGCGCGAAGGGCGGCUGUGGGGGGCGUGGAGGAGGUGGGUUGAGAGCAGUAGGAGCCGUUGGGGUAGGGGUGGGGGGGAGAGAUGAUAGAAUGGGGAAGCAGGAAGGUGGGAAGGGAGAAGGGGGAGGGGGAGGGGGUGCUGGGGAUGGGAGGCAGCAAGUGGGGGGUUGCGAGGAGGAGGAAGGUGGUGUGGGUGAGGAAGGUCGCGGAGGGGAGAAGGGGCGUGCGGCUAGGAAGAGACAAAGAGAGGAGGGUGGUGGAGGAAAAGGAGCAGAAGUAGCAGCAGCAGCAGAUAAUGAUGAUAAUGCGAGGAGAGAGGAAGGGGAUGUGGGGAAUGGGGAGGAGGAGAAGGGGAGGGGUGUGGGUGGAAGUGGUGAGGAGGAGGCGAGUUUUGACCGCAUGCUGUGUGUGCUGGCGAGUGGUGGUGUGAGCGCUCUAGUGGGUGAACUGCAGGGCGGACAAGACGGGGUGCCGUUGCAUGGAGGGGAACAGCGAGACAGGGGAGAGGAUGGUGGAGGCGGAGGCGGAGGAGGAGAAGGGAAGGGGGUAAGAGGAGGAGGAGAAGAGGUGCGGAGGGGUGUUGAGCAGAGGGGCAGAAGGGUGAGGGAAGAGGGGGGGCCGGGGGAAGUGGAGGAGGAGCCAGAGAGUGACACGGACUCGCUUCACUUCUCAGAUGCAGAGGAGAUGGUGCGCAAGGUGCUGGACAUGGACCUGGAUCCCUCUGCUGACGAGCUCAUGCCCGCCCGCACAGCGGCGCGCAUGCUGUACGGGUCGCAGCGCCACGCGGUGCUGCCUCUGGAGCGGUGCAGUGCAGCAGCCAUGCGCAGGCAGCUCACGCGCAGAGGCGCCCUCGCGCUGCUCUAUGGCCGCCGCACCCGCUUCCCCAUGUUCAAGACCGAGGUGUCAAUAGGUCGGCGCACGGAGGACAAUGACGUGGACAUAGACCUGUCAGAGGAGGGCCGUGCCAACAAGGUCUCACGGCUGCAGGCGGUGAUAGAGCUGAGGGCGGAUGCGUGCUUCUACCUGAGCAACGAGGGGCGCAGGGACGUGACGGUCAACAAGGUGCCUGUGGAGCCGGGACAACAGGCCAUCCUCGCUAACAGCUGCCUCAUUGAGAUGGGCGGUGUGCAUCUGGUGUUUGAGAUCAACACACACUAUGCCGAGGAAGUAGCAGCGUACAUGCGCGGCGCCCCACAAGGCCCGUUCCUGCCGCCCCACCUGCUGCCUCUCACGCCGAGCCAUCUCCCUAGCCACAUCCCUGUGCCGCCUCACUACGCCCACUCGCACCCACACACCCGCCCACACUCUCAGGGUUACAUGCAGAGCCAGGACGCAUCAGGGUAUACCAGCCAUGCGUAUGGGUAUGGCGGCGGGAGCUAUGGAAUGGGAAGGCCUGUGGGACCGUAUACCAUGUAUGGUGGGCCCAUGCAUGGAAGCAGCAUGCCAAGCACCAUGCCAAGCAGCAUGCCAGGCAGGAUGCCAGGCAGUAGCAUGCGGCCAUCCACCUCCUCCUCCAUGCCAUCGACUCCUUCUGGCCCGUCCGCCCGGUCUGCUCUCCCAGGCGUGCAUUCACACUCGCCACACAUGCACGGCUCAGCAUCUCCUGUGCCCUAUGCCUCCUCGGGUUAUAUGCAACCGCUCGGUUACCACCACUCUGCUCCUUCCUCCCAUGGUCCAACUCACCCGCUGUCUUCAGCUGGUCAGCAGGUCAAAGCUACUCAUCCUCCCCCCUACUCUCAUCCUCCUCCCUCCUCUCAUCCUCCUCCCUCCUCUCAUCUUGCUCCUUCCUCUCAUCCUUCUCCCUCCUCUCAUCCUCCUCCUUCUCAUCCUCCCCCCUCCACUCAUCCUCCGCCCUCCUCUCAUCCUCCCCUCUCGCAUCCACCUCCUUCCACCCACCCUCCUCCCUCCUCCCAUCCUUCUCCCUCCUCUCAUCCUCCUCCCUCCUCUCAUCCCCUCUCCUCUCAUCCAUCUUCCUCCACUCAUCCUCAUCCCUCCUCUCUUCCUCCCCCCUCCUCUCACCCUCCUCCCUCCUCACACCCUCCUCCUUCCACACGCCCUCCUUCCUCCAUCCCCCCUGUCCCUUCCCCACCAAUCAAAUCUCGCACGGACCCGACUUAUUCCGCAUCCGGCGCUCUUGCUGCAGCGCACCCAUCACUCCACUUUCACCAGCCCCACCUCGCACCCACUCACUCUCACCCUCACGUCGCUCUCUCUGCCCCCAGUCCUUCUUUUCCCAGAGAUUUACCUACUACCCUCCAUCACCCCGCCCGCCCCUCCUUCCCACCAUCCAUGCCCCACACACCUCCUCUUCCAGAAACCGUUUCCUCCAGACCCUCCUCUGUGUUUCCUGACUCUGCUCCUGCCUCUGUUCCUGCCUCAGCUGUUCGUCACACCCCUUCUCCUGCCUCAAAUCCCACAACCUCUGCUCCUGCUGCAACCCUAACUACUGCCGAUUCCGCCGUAACUGGUGCCGCCCCAUCUCCUUCCACCGCGCCCCUGUAA